AUGAGUAGGAACCAUGACGCGUCUAUAAAAAAUUUGGAGAUGCAUAUUGGUCAAUUAUCCAGACAGAUAGCUGCUUUACCAAGCUCAAAUGGAGGAUUUACAAGUAAUAUUAUAGACAAUCCUAAGAAUGAAUCAUGCAAGGAUGUGGAAACAGGUUUUGGCGUGAUUACUAAAAAGGGUGAAGCUGAAAUAGUUAAAGAGGAUGUGAUUGAGAAAAAAGAAGGUGGAAUUGAAAAAGAAGAGAGUGGAAAUCAAGAUGACAAAGGGGAAAGAGGAUUCACCCUUGAUCAACUUAUAGAUAAAAACCCUCCUUGGAGGAGAACAAAGAAGCAGAUCCUGAAUGAUCCAAAUCCCGAGUUUCCAUAUUAUAUCAAACCACCAUAUCCCAUAAUUAAAAAGAAACUGGACCAGGACGAUGAGGCAGGGAUGUUUGUAAAGUUCAAGGAAAUGUUAGCUAAACUUCAGGCAUUACUAAAGGGGCCGAAAGAGAAAGUGGUCAAGGAACAGAUCCCACAUUCUCUAUGUGAUUUUGGAUCUAGUAUAAAUGUUAUUCCGCUAAAUAAGGUCAAAGAAUUGAAAGUGGGUGAGAUCAUAUCGAGUAACUUGACUCUCACUUUAGAUGAUUCAUCUAUUACUCAACCACCUGGUAUCUUACGAGACGUGUUAGUACAUGUUGAUGGAUUAUUGUUUUCUGCAGACUUUGUAGUGUUAGAUACAAAAGAAAAUUCAGAAGGGUCUAUUAUUCUCAGGAGGCCAUUCUUGGCAACCGGGAAAGAAAAGAUAGAUGUAGCAACGAGUGAACUUAUCUUGAAGUUCAACAAAGAAAAAGUGGUUUUCGAGGUGUAUGACUAG